UGAUUUGAUUUUCAACCUUAAAAUCACAAAUGGAUCCUGACAUGACUUUGCUCCUCUUCUUCCUUGGAUGCAGCCUCAUCGCCUGCUCUAAGUUUCCUCUCCGUCAGUACCACUACGUUGACAUGGUAAUGACCUGGACUGAUGCUCAGCAUUACUGCAGAGAGAAUUACACUGACCUGGCUACUUUUGAAAACAUGGAGGACAUACACAGACUGAACAGACCUCAACUGUCCAGCACAUGGACAUGGAUUGGACUGAGGGAUGCCCAAAAAUCCUGGAAGAGAACUAUGGGUAAUGACGUGAACUCCUGGAGGUGGUCAGCAACUGGUGAAACAAGCAAAAGUGGAUAUCACAACUGGGAGACAUAUCAACCAGAUUAUUACCAAGGCAAAGAGACAUGUGUGAUGAUGGCCUCUAAUGGACAAUGGUUUGAUCAACCUUGUCAUUUAUUGAAACCUUAUGUUUGUUAUUCAGAGAUAAACGAAACACAGAAAACCUACAUGUACAUUGACACUGAGCGAUCAUGGUUUAAGGCUAGGACAUACUGCAGGACUCACCACACGGACCUGGCUAUGAUUGAGAACUCCACUGAAAACACAGAGGUUUACUUCACAAAACCAACCAGUGCUAGUGCAUGGAUCGGCCUGUACCGUGAACCAUGGACAUGGUCUGACCAGACACGGAUAUCUUUUACAAACUGGAAAAGUACAGCGCCAGAUAACUAUUAUAGCCAGCACUGUGCAGCUGAGAGUAACCUACAUAUUUGGAAUGAUCUCAGAUGUCGGGAUAAGUUCACAUUCCUCUGCCAUGAAGUUUCCAUACUGAAGACCACAGUGAGGAUGAUGAUCCAGACUGAUGCUGAUAUAACCGAUCCAUCUACUAACAACCAGAUCCUCCAACAGCUUGGCUCGGUUUUACAAAGUCAGGGAUUCACUGGCUUCACUCUGCAGUGGAAGCUUCAACCCAAGAAACAACCACCUGAGACCCUCAACACUCCAUACGCUUAAGAUGUUUUCUAAAAUAUACAAAG